ACUAGUGACACAGAUCGUAGAGGAUACCAAACCAAAUGAACACAGAGUUAGCAGUGCAACAAAGAGGAAGAAAAGUUGAAACAUUUUGAAACAGUGACAUGUGGGAAUCUAUUGUAUUAACGGUGGCUGCAACUGCCGGCAACAACAUCGGAAAGAUCCUUCAGAAGAAGGGCACUAUCAUUCUUCCCCCUCUCUCUUUCAAACUCAAGGUAAUAAGGGCAUAUGCUUUAAACAAAACAUGGGUGAUUGGUUUUCUAAUGGAUAUGUUUGGGGCAUUAUUGAUGCUAAGGGCAUUGUCGUUGGCACCAGUCUCGGUCAUCCAACCAGUUUCUGGCUGUGGACUAGCAAUUCUUUCUAUCUUUUCUCAUUUUUAUCUCAAGGAAGUGAUGAAUGCUGUUGAUUGGGUUGGCAUUACUUUGGCAGGUUUUGGCACAAUAGGAGUUGGUGCUGGAGGUGAGGAGCAAGAGGCGGUUGCUCUAUCUAUUUUUCACUUACCAGGCCUGGCAUUUGUUGUUUUCAUCUUGUUUAUACUGCUUAGAGGAUGGCUUCGAAUAUGCAGGCGUCAACGAAGAGAACAAGAGAUGAUGGAAUAUGAUGUUGUUGAGGAAAUCAUCUAUGGCUUGGAAUCUGGUAUUUUGUUUGGGAUGUCAUCUGUAAUAUCAAAGAUGGGAUUUCUGUUCCUGGAGCAAGAUUUUCCCCAGCUAUUAGUGCCUAUGUGCAUCAUGAUCAGUGUUUGUUGUAGUGGCACAGGCUUUUACUACCAGACACGUGGUCUAAAGCAUGGGAGGGCUAUUGUAGUUUCUACAUGUGCAGCUGUUGCAUCAAUUUUGACUGGUGUAGUCGCUGGGAUGAUUGCUUUGGGUGAGCGACUUCCUUCAGACCCUAAAGCUCGCUUGGCACUUCUUCUUGGAUGGCUACUUAUUAUUAUGGGUGUGAUUUUACUUGUUGGUUCAACACGGCUAGUGGGAUUCCUUCAAUGUUCUUCGCGAAGAAAAAGAAGCAACGUGGAUAAGAAUUUUGGCUCUAGAAGAGCCAAUUCUUCCCGUGUAAGGGAACCAAGUCCAAGUGCUGUCAUUCAAGCAGCAACAUUAAAUCAUCUAUUAUCAUCAUCUUCCAAAGAAAAAGCUUGAGUUGAUGUGAGCUGGAUAAUGUUCCUUCGUCCUCCACAGGAUUUUCUAAGCACUAAGUUGCUUUCUAAUCCCACUGCCAAGGGUAAGGUGUAUUCUAUGUACGUACAGUGGCUGCUUCAUCAGAGGGCAUGGCUUUUUUUGGGAUCAUUCCUUCUGGCUCACACACUUUGGAUUAAAUAUUUGUUAACUUUCUGAUGCCACCUUGUAAAAACUAUUCCUGAACUUCCACCACUAUGUUUGGUUAUUGAGGAUUGUAUAUGACAGUAGUGAUGAUGGC